CGCGAGUCACAUGCGAAGGAAGCAGGAAGUAAACGGGGGGUCAGAGCGCUGCGCACGGACGGGCAUGGAGCGGAGCGCCGUAUCCCUGAGCGGGGCUGUCUGAAACCGCCACACCGCCCUUUCUCCCUGGGAUGCUUGCGUUGGGGACUUGAGGGUCAGCUGCACGGUAGAAAUCCGAGAAAUAAGACGAAACAUGUUUGAAAAUUUCAGGGAGAGGCUCCAGACGGUGCAGCAGGACUUCACCACCGGGAUAAAGACACUGAGUGACAAAUCGAAGGAGGUGAAGAGAAAGAAAAAUGAAAGGAGGGGGGAGAAUUUCACACAGUUUACAGCUGGAUUGGAAAUACUUCGCCGGUAUGAAGACACCUGGGUGAACCUCCAUAAGCGAGGGAGAGAAUGUGCAAAAUCCGGAGAGGUGGUGGACGGGGAGGUGGCGAUGCUGACAGCCCACUGGGAGAAGAGAAGGUCCACUUUGGGGCAGCUUCAGGAGCAGCUGCGGCAGAUCCCGGCUUUCCUGGCCGAGAUGGAGUCUGUCACCACCCGCAUCGCACAGCUGGAGGCUGACUUCGAGGAGAUGGAGAGCCGCCUCGUGCACCUGGAAGACCUGUGUGUUCAGUGCGAACGGCAGCGCCACACACAGCACCAUGUGCUGCAGCUGGAGAACUACAAGAAAAAGAAGAGGAAAGAGCUGGAAGCCUUUAAAGUGGAGCUGGACUCGGAGCACAACCAGAAGGUGUUAGAGAUGGAGCAUGCUCAGCAGGUCAAGCUGAAGGAGCGGCAGAAGUUCUUCGAGGAAGCUUUCCAGCAGGACAUGGAGCAGUACCUGUCUGCCGGUUACCUACAGAUUGCCGAGAGGAGAGAGCCAAUAGGAAGCAUGUCUUCGAUGGAGGUGAACGUGGAUAUUUUGGAGCAGUUGGAGCUGAUGGACGUGUCAGAUCAGGAGGCUCUGGAUGUUUUCCUCAACUCGGGAGCGGAGGACAACAGCAUGACGUCACCAGUGCUAGAUCCGGAACCAGCGCUGCUCCCCACGGACCUCAUGCUUCCAGUGCCCGCAGCGGCUGACCACCGCAGCAAGCUGUCCUCCAUGUCUUCCAGCACGGAGGACUCGGUCAUCCAGGAGACAGUGGGCCCUGAGGAGGUCAGCGAGGAGGACACCUCCUCUCCUGUCGUGCAGUCGGAUGAGGAGGAGGUACAAGCAGAUACGGCACUGGUGACUCUGCCUGAGAACCAGGCGCUACCAAACUCUGACGACAGUGACUCCCCAGCCUCGUAGGUAGAGGGCGCUGUGCUACCAAAAUGGACCUGACGACCGCUUAAAACUGCUGUAAGAAAUUCACUUAGUACAAAGAGGAAACGGCCUUUAAAAAUGGUGUGCUUUUUACCCCCCCCCCCCCCAUCCAAGGAAAUCCUACUCUUGUGUGAAAAAUGCUGCCUUCCCUAAAAAAAUCUCUUGAUUAAUAAACAGUCACUUUAUAUUACCUUUUUAAACAUCAAUCAUCUACUUCUGUAGGACAAUUGUCCUGUAACCUCUUAUCCAAUGUGAGGCCACACACCACGCCAGCCUACCCCCCCCCCCACCCCUGCACCGUGAUUUCCAGCUGUGGUUCUUUUUCAAGCUUUAGGCUCUAAUUAGGCAUGGCUGGGUUGCUGUUACACGCUGACUUAUAUGUCUGGUCCAUUAAUGGACAGAAAGAUGCACGUCUUUUUGGAAAACAAUUACACAACUAUGUGCCAGUUUCAAUUUUUCUGCCUCAGCCCUUGGGAUGUCGUACUAAAAAGAUGCAUAGCACUACAAUGGUUAAAAGUGAAUACGGGCUGUUUGCUUUUAAGGCAGUUUUUAAAUGAACCAUCGGUCUGAUUUCCGACUUUCUGUAAAGGUAAUCAGCUAACACAUUUUUUAUUGCCAGUUGAGAAAUGUGGCAGCAGAGGGGGGGCCUCUGAGUCCAAAAUCUGAAAUAAAACUGGAUAUUUUAAA